GGUACAGUCUAUCUGUGCAGUUUGCAGACGCAGCAAGUGCGAUCACAGUAAUUUGAAACAUUUCGGUUUGGAAGCUGUAAGACGAUACCCAACGUGAAGCUGCGGUUCACUGACAACCUGAAUCCAUCGAGGAUAGAAGCCAUCAACACCUAUAUAGUAUAGACGAUCGUUAUAGUAAACACAUCUUGUGCUCUAACAAAAAACAAAUCGUUAUUUAUUGAGCUGCAACCAAGCAUUGCUACGGAGAGCAACCACCGAGGUUCAAAAGUUUAUCUGUAUACCGGGCAAGUGCACAUCAUCGGGAGAGGAGAAACAAUCGAUCGGCAACGGUUGGCGUUAGUGCAGAGAAAGCCGAUCGAUCACUUAUCGAGCUACUGGGUGCAUACAAGAUUGCUCUCCAUUCAGUAUGUGCAAAUCAGUGCUGGCAUUCUCAGAUGACAAUUUCGCACACUGCGAAUAGGAAGUUCGUCCGAGAACCUCCCUGAGCUAGAGAAAAAGUUGUUCGAGUGCCCCGAAACUAUCACCAGCCAGCUAGCAGUGUAGGCCAAAAGUGCCUAUUUUUAAACAGAAGAAAAGGUUGUUUUAAUGUAGCGAAUCCCCGAAAGGCCCACCUCAACGGUCGGUCGUACUCUGUGCGUUCCACGUUAGGGCCUUACAGAGAGUCCGUUGGACGCGGAAUUCUGUGAAAGAAAUUGUAGCAGGAAAUUAUUUUUGUUUCGUCGUUAGAAAAUUGUUCCUCAACCAGUAUGUACUCUACAGCCCGUACCGCCGCCAUAAGCAGCUCGAACCGUUUGAAAAAUCCAAUCAGCCGAAAUGGCAGCAAUUUGUCGGAAUACGACUUGGAAGCAGGAGAGCACACUCCUCUUUUGGUAUCGAGGGUUCGUUUUGCCCCAGAUGUAGACGACCGGUCCCGCCAUAUUCAAACCGUACAAACCACAGCUCUGCUUGGCAUUUUGACGCUGCUGUUAUUCCUUCUGAUAGGCAUUAUAAUAGCCGUGUACUUGCUGCUGAUGCAAGUACCACGUCCUUGGCCCGUAUCCCAUCCGUUUUACUUAGUGGAGCGUAACGUAUGGUGGAAACAACCGACGGAGGAGUUCCAGCUAAAUCCAUUGGAGAAGUAUGCAACUCAGAACGUAAUAAUUCUGCAUACGAGAAGCGAAACCUGCCACGAUCAAGCCGCAUGCAUUGAACUGGUACAGAAGCUACAGAAUGACGCGUGGAAUCUAAACGGAACGCAUAUUCCGUACAAUUUCCUAAUAGGUGGCGAUGGAAAAACUUACGAAGGCAGAGGCUGGAAAACGCAGCAUGGUUUUUCGAAUCUUCCCGGAAUAAAUGACACUAUUGUUGUGGGGGUGAUAGGUACAUUUAACGACCAGCGGCCCGGCCCCGUGAUGUAUGCAGAAAUCAAGGCACUACUAACGGAAUCCAUCCGAAGGUACUGCCUAUCACCAAACUAUCGCCUGUUCGGCGUGAUCGACAACUCAAUAGCGAACAAUGCUGCUGCCGAACUGUACGCAGAGAUCAAAGAGUGGAGGCAUUGGAAGGGAUUCGUUACAGUUUAGGGAAAAUGUUUUAGCGCAAUUUUUAAUCAUCGGUGACGUGGACCAAUCUUGGUCCGCAAGUAUUACAUGUAUAUGUGGAAAAUUUCGAAUAAAAUGGCGAUUUUACAAAAUGGUGGUAGUAAAGUAUUGAUCCGUUUCAAAGAUAUUAAAAAUUUGCUUUUAUGUAAAUAAAGGCCAAGGAGUCAGAAGAAACUAUCACAUUAGUAAUUAGAAAAGCAAA